AUGCAAGUUAGGAAAGGAUGCUGCUAUACGAUAUGGUUGUUAGGCGUUCUUCAACAUCUCCGGAAUGUUUGCAAUGGUGCUAUCCGACAAGCACAUCCAAUCGAGAUUACUAUCGAUUCCGGUUCCAUAAGAGGAGAAUAUUUGACAAUUGGUGCAAAUGAUUUUGCAGUUUUUAAAGGAAUUCCAUAUGCUGCGCCGCCUGUUGGCUCACUUCGUUUUCAGAUGCCUGAACCACCAGCAAAAUGGCGUGGUGUAAUGAAUGCUACUCAAUAUUCGGCCAUGUGCGCACAAAAACCUCGAACUCGUCAAACCGAUCCUAUCAAUAUUUAUCGAAUUCACAUUUCCGAAGAUUGUCUUUACCUCAAUGUAUUUGCUCCUCCUCAGUUUACUAAUGAUACAUACCCAGUGAUCGUUUACAUACAUGGUGGAGAAUUUCAAUCAGGUUCCGGUUCUGAUUUCUCGCAAGAAGCAAUUCUUAUCAAUUUUGUUUCACGUAAAAUUGUUUUUAUAACGAUAAAUUAUCGACUUGGUCCACUUGGUUUUAUAUCGACGGGAGAUGGAGUAAUACCAGGAAACAAUGGUCUUUGGGAUCAAAUUUUAGCUCUCAAAUGGGUCAAAUUAAAUGCUCGAGCAUUUGGUGGUGAUCCUGAAAAUGUACUGUUAAUGGGACAUGGUAGUGGUGCUGCCAGUGUUUCCCUUUUGGCGUUAUCACCUCGUGCAGAGGGUUUGUUUCAAAGAAUUACUUUGCUAAGUGGAACAGCCUUAUCACCAGGUGUUGUCCGUGAUACUGCCAUUAAUGCUACAUGGAUUCUUGAUCGAAAAUUACACUGCCGUUCUUUCAAUUCUAGCGAACUUUUGGAGUGCUUCAAAAAGCAACUUAAAGAUGAAAUUCUCGAUAUCUCUGCAAAUGGUAUCGGUGGUGUAUUGCCGGAAUCACCGGAAAUGCUUGCAACAUACAGGCGAAAAAUACCAAUGAUGAUUGGUACAACCAGAGAUGAAAGUUCACUAAAAAUUUUAAUUUUGAAUGAAAAAAAUCUAAAUAUGAAUGUGCUAACACAAACUGUAGCAGAAGAAAUGGCUGAAAAUUUAACGCUUUCAUAUUCCGGUUUUACAAAUCAUCGUUUAAUAAUGGAAGGUUGUAAGUAUGAAUAUAUUUGGUCGAAGAUCAAUCCAGCUAUGGAUCCAACAGUAUUAAACGAUGCCGUGCUAAAUAUGUAUUCGCAUUUUUGGUAUGAUGCGCCAGCUUCACGACUUGCGACACAUUAUGCGAAAGGCGGUGCACCUGUUUAUUUGUAUUCUCUUGAUCAUAUCAGUGAAAAUUUUGAUUAUGGCAGAGCCUUCCAUGGCUGUGAUGAAAUAUUCCUGUUUGAUGUUGAACCGAGAUUUCUUGUCAAGAGACGUGACCGAAAUUGGCAGUUGGAUCGGAGACUAACAGAAAUUUUUGCCGAACUCAUCAUUAAUUUUGCUCGAACAGGGAAUCCCACACCGAAAUCAUCUGGAUUUUCGUUUAACUGGACUGCAAUGAAAGUGGAUAAAUUAAAUUAUCUGUCAAUAACGGACAUUCCUGAAAUGAAUGUUGGCUUCCGAUGGCAAGGUCACGUUUUCUGGAAUUGGUAUGCACGUCAUUUAGAUGCUGUUGAUGUUGGAAAUUUGCAUCGUAUCGCCCAACUGGACAAACAACUUGGCGACUAUCAAUUAGCAACUUGGAUGCUUCUAUUUUGCGCCCUCUUUUUCUUUGCAAUAUUAGUUGGCUUAGCAUGCUAUUGCACUCGGAAAGAAGCUGACGAUGAAGAUUUAUAG